AUGUCCUCUGAGCCUUCCCAUGAUGCACCUGGAGGCGCCGCCCUCACCUUGGGCGCACCUGGUGACGUCAUCACAUCUCUGGACCCUUCCCGUGACGCACCUGGAGGUGCCAGCACGGCCCCAGACGCACCUGGUGACGUCACCGCCUCCUCUGACCCCUCCCCCGACGCACCCGGAGGUGCCGCCGCUACCUUGAACGCACCUGGUGACGUCAUCGCCUCCUCCGACGCGCCUGGUGACGUCACCGCCUCCCCCAGCACACCUGGCCCCUCCCCCCACCCCACCCCGCCCUUCCCCUGCCCCACCUGCCCCAAAUCCUUCCCCUCCCCCGCCAAGCUGGCCAUCCACCAGCGCUCGCACACAGGUGAGCGCCCCCUCACCUGCCCCGAGUGCCCCAAGAGCUUCGCCGACCCCUCCGUGUUCCGCAAACACCUGAGGGGCCACGCGGGGCUGCGGCCGCACAGGUGCGGGACCUGCCCCAAGAGCUACGCCGAGAGGAAGGACCUGAGGAACCACCUGAGGGUGCACACAGGUGAGCGGCCGUACCUGUGUGCCGAGUGUGGGAAGAGUUUCGGGCGCUCGUCGUCGCUCGCGUGUCACCAGCGCAUCCACGCCGAGGCCAAGCCCUUCACCUGCCAGGUGUGCGGCAAGGCCUUCACCCAGCUCUCGUCCUUCCAGAGCCACCAGCGCGUGCACACAGGUGAGCGGCCGUACCUGUGCGCUCAGUGUGGGAGGACGUUCGCCGACCCCUCGAGUUUCCGGCGCCACCAGCGCGCUCACCAGGGCCUGAAGCCGUACGGCUGCGGCGAGUGCGGCAAGGCCUUCCGGCAGCCGGCCGACCUGGCCGUGCACCGGCGCACGCACACGGGCGAGCGGCCCUGGCGCUGCGGCGACUGCGGCAAGGCCUUCGUGGCCUCCUGGGACCUGAAGCGGCACCGGCUGACGCACUCGGGCGAGCGGCCCUGGCGCUGCGGCGACUGCGGCAAAGGCUUCGGCGAGCGCGCGGCGCUGGGCAAGCACCGGCGGACGCACUCCGGGGAGCGGCCGUUCGCCUGCGGCCGCUGCGGGAAAGGAUUCGGGGGCGUCUCCGGCCUCAGGAAGCACGAGAGGACUCACGGGAGGGAGGAGGGGGCGGGGCAGGGCGGGCCCGGGGAGACGAAGCAGGAGCUCGAGGAUCUCACGGCCGACAUCAAGAAAACGGCGAACAAAGUGCGCUCCAAAUUGAAAGCCAUCGAGCAGAGCAUCGAGCAGGAGGAGGGGCUGAAUCGCUCCUCGGCCGACCUGCGCAUCCGCAAGACACAGAACGUCAUCAAUGUCAUCAUCAUCAUCAUCAUCAUCAUCAUCAUCAUCGCCAUCAUCUUCAUCAAUGUCAUCAUCGUCAUCCUCAACGUCAUCAAUGUCAUCUUCAUCAUCAUCAUCAUCGCCAUCAUCGUCAUCAUCGUCAAUGUCAUCAUCAUCAAUUUCAUCUUCAUCAUUGUCAUCAUCAUCCUCGUCAUCAAUGCUGUCGUCAUCGUCAUCGUCAGCAGCAGCAACAUUGCUAUUAUCAAGAUGGACUCUCAGAUGACGAAGCAGGCGCUGAACGAGAUCGAGACGCGGCACAACGAGAUCAUCAAACUGGAGACGAGCAUCAGGGAGCUGCACGACAUGUUCGUGGACAUGGCCAUGCUGGUGGAGAGCCAGGGCGAGAUGAUCGACCGCAUCGAGUACAACGUGGAGCACUCGGUGGAUUACGUCGAGCGCGCCGUGUCCGACACCAAAAAAGCCGUCAAGUACCAGAGCAAGGCCCGGCGGAAGAAGAUCAUGAUCAUCAUCUGCUGCGUGGUGCUGGGCGUGGUCCUGGCCUCCUCCAUCGGCGGCACCUUGGGCUUGUAG